CGUAAAAAUAAGUGUGCGUCCCGCUUUAUGUUGCAUUUUUAGGACUCUAAUUGACACUAUGUUAAUUAUAGAAUUGUGAUGUCCGGAUUUUCUUGUCAACGCUACCAUGCAAAAGAAGAAAAAAAAAACACGAAAAGAAGUGAGUAGGAGUACGUGUGAAGGUGUCCUGUGAGUCUGGAGCAACAGCUGAAACAUGACCACUAGUGGCAGACGGUUACACGCCCUGGAUCUGUGUCCCGCUCCUGUUGGCAGUUUCACCCAUUCACAUGCAAAUGAACCCUGGUAUAAACCUAACACAUGCCCCCUCUGUUCAGUCUGUAGGAGCUUUGUUGGCCGCUGGGAUCUCCCGGCCAUCUGUCUGUGUUAACGAGCUGUAACGGCUCCCUCUGGAUCACACGCACACACACACACACACACGAACAACGUCUGAUUUCACCUCCAACAAACAUGGCCCCCAUCCGGAACAACGGCAGCGGAAUGGACAUAAGCGAUAGUAGUAACUACAACGGAGUUAAAUCUGACAGAAAGAUGAGGAAACCUCUGGUGGAGAAGAAAAGGCGAGCUCGUAUCAAUGAAAGUUUGCAAGAGCUACGGGUUCUCAUCGCGGAUUCUGAUCUGCAGUCAAAGAUGGAGAACGCAGAGGUGCUGGAAAUGACAGUCAAACGGGUGGAGAACAUCCUGAAGAACAGGGCCCAAGAAGUGGAUGCCGUGAACCGAGAAGCAUGUGAGCGAUUUGCAGCGGGCUACAUCCAGUGUAUGCACGACGUGCACACAUUUGUCUCCAACUGCCCGGGAAUUGACCCAACUGAGGCGGCAGAGCCGCUGAACCACCUCCUGGAGAGCAUGCCUUUGAACGAUGAGGAGCGCCUUCGCCUGAUGCUGCCAGAUGCCGUGGCAGAAUAUCCCAGAAGCAAUAGCACUUGGUCCCUGUCCGACAGCAUGUCCCCGGCCCUGUCCACAUCCUCCACCGAUGACCUCCUCUGCUCCGACCUGGACGAGACAGACUCGGAGCAAAGUCACGUUUCCUCCUCAGAGGAGGCUGACAGUCAAGAUGUGCCUUGUUUGCCCUCUAUAACGUACUCCAAGUCGAUGUGGAGACCCUGGUAGGGUAUUGUAGAAGAAGUGUUUUAGGCUCAUAUAGAUGAUUUAAUGGUUUGUGUUAGGAUCUUUUAUGGGUUAGGCCUUGGGGCAAGACAAGAAACACAGCAGAGAUGACACCUGUAAAAGUUGUUGUGUGACAUUUUUUUGAAGAAAAAAAAAGCUCUUUGUAGAACUUCAAUUAAAAUAAAAUGUAUUUAAUAAAUAAAGUAUGUACUUCUGUUUUGCAGGAGCUAGAGUCCCUAAUGUAUUGGCAAAUAAUGGACCUGGCCAAAAUGGAUAAUGUAAAUAUUUCCCUGUUGCAUUUGACUGAGCUGUAUUGAAGGAUCAGUAACUGUCCAAUAGAACUGCAUCAUUAGCUGUGUGUAAAUUAUUUCCUCUUUAGGAUGUUUGUUACUCUAAUUAUGCGUGCAGAUAAGCCCUUAUGUUGGGCCAAUUGCUUGUGAUUUCCUUAGAUUCAAACUUUUCAAUAAAUAUCACUUUGA